UGAAAAGAAAUUCAGUGAGAGCACAUGGUGAACUUUGAUGAGUCUGGGUGGCACGAGCUCAGGUCCUAGUUACCAUACGUUAUACUAGUGAUCGGUGCCGAGAAACUGAGAAAAUAUAUAUCAAACCAGGUUGAAGGUUAUAAAAACAGGAUGGAUAAACCAGGUUUCAACUGUCAGCCAGUUAAAGGAAUGUUUGAGCGCGGUUCCUUUCCUUUUCUGACGGUGCAGAUCGGCCUUUGUAUAUUAUUCAUCGGAACCUUCCACGUUUUCCUUGGUCAAUUGGACCAGAUUAAAUUUGUUUCAUCUGCCUUCGCUGGUAUUGUCUUAGGCCCGGCGUUGCUGGGAGGUACGGAAGCAUUUCAAUACGUGUUUCGUGAUUCAGGAGGAAUGGCCUUAAUGUCAGUUAUCGAAAGCAUUGGGGGUGUUUUUCUUGCAUUCCUUGUUGGAGUAAAGACAGACAUGGAUAUGAUUACGAAGGCAAGUAGACCAACCAUCGUCAUAGGUUUCUGCACUUACCUCAUCCCUUUAGUUUUCAAUAACGCUGUUUUAAGCGUGGUACGAAAAAUCUUUACCCUGGAAAACAAUAUGAGUGAUUCUCUCACAUUCGUUGCGUUAUCAGUGACUUAUUCUUCCUUCUAUGAUACUGCUUGUGCCGUUGCUGACUUGAACCUCCUCAAUUCCAAGAUUGGUCGUCUAGGCCUGGCCAUUUCGAUAAUCACCGGAAUGAGCAGUUGGUUGUAUGAGUAUGCCUACAGCUUCUAUGCAGAAGCCACUAUUUUGAGUCGCAAGAUGCUAUUAUUAGCAUGGAUAAGUAAAGUUAUCUUAUUUAUUUUCAUCAUGUUCAUUUUACGCCCAGUAAUGUCAUGGAUGAAUAAAAGUACUCCAGAAGGAAAAACUCUGAAUGAAGGUUAUCUUUCCUCUAUCCUUAUCAGCGUUUUGGGAGUUUCAUUUUGUAGUCAGUCCAUUGGCAUAGACCCUUCGCUUGGACCACUUAUAGUUGGACUAACAGUACCUGUUGGGUCGCCUAUAGCCGCAGCUGUUCAAAAAAAACUCGAGUGUUUUGUUACCUUUGUGCUUGUGACACCAGUUUACAUAAUAGGAGGCUAUCACGUACGUGCAUUCAAAUUCAUUUGGAAAGAUUUUGUAGUUGUGGAGAUAAUGGUGUUCCUUGCAUACAUUGCAAAGUUUGUUGUAGUAAUGUUAGCUUCCAUCUACCUGCGGAUGCCUAUUCUGGACUCAUUUUGUCUCGGUCUCCUCUUAACUUGUGAUGGCAUAUUCCAUAUGUGGUAUUCAAUGAUAAUGGUCGAAGCCGAGUUGAUGAGUCAACAAAGUUACACCAUAAUAUUCUUCACAAACCUAUUGAUAACUAUGGUAAUCACACCGAUGGUGAAAUACUUAUAUGAUCCUUCGAGGAAGUACACGGGCUACAUGAGACAAACGAUCUUAAAUUCUGCUGUCAACAGUGAGCUGCGCAUACUGGCUUGUGUUUACAAUCAAGAAAACGUUCCCAGCAUCCUCAAUUUCCUUGAAGCCACUAAUCCGGUUACAAAAGAUAGCUUUGUAUGUUUAUAUGUUUUGCACCUUGUUGAGCUAGUCGGUCGUGCAACUUCCAUCCUCGUCCAACACAAACAACAAAAGAAUAAACAAUUUGCACAGGAUCGCAACCGCAAUUCGUCAGAAAAAAUUAUCAAUGCUUUCAACCAAUUCGCACAACAGAAUCAAGGCUUUACGAUUGGCCAAUGUUUCACUGCCAUAUCACCAUUCUCAAGCAUGGACAACGACGUAUCUCAGAUAGCAUUUGACGAGAGGACGAAUCUUGUGAUCAUACCUUUCGGUGAGUUAGAUGAACAUCCUUAUCGGAUAGUCAACCGAAGUGUUUUGGGUAAGGCACCUUGCUCGGUGGGGAUUCUCUUUGACCACAAAAAUAGCACGAGUGCUGCUAUUGAUGUUUCUGUAUGUUCCCAUAAUGUUGCGAUGAUUUUCAUUGGAGGUCCUGACGAUCGAGAGGCAUUAGCAUAUAGUAUGAGAAUGGCGGAUCAGCCCAAUUUAAAUCUCUCAGUUUUUCGAUUCACGCAUAUAAAGCCGGACAAAAAAACUAAAAAAGAUGAUGAAUUGAUAAGUGACUUGUGGGACAAAAUUAUGAACACCGAAAAUAUCUUUUAUAAAGAGGAAGAAGUAACAGAUUGUGCAGAUACAGCAAGUAAAAUCAAAUGUCUGGAAAACUCUUACGACUUCAUAAUUGCUGGGAGACGACAUGAUAGUAACUCACCAAUUCUGCAUGGACUUGAUGAAUGGUGUGUCUUCAAAGAACUUGGUGUUAUUGGAGAUCUUUUCGCUACGUCUACUUUUGAGGGUAAUUUUUCAGUUGUAGUAUUACAACAGUAAGAUUUUAAAGUAGAUUUUUUUUUUAUCAAUACAAGCACCAACUGAAGAGGCGGAAUGUUUUUGUAGUUUUUGAUUAUGACGUAUAUCGAUGUAAAUGCAUGGUUUAAAGUAUGUAAAAUAUAACGCGGGUUUCAAAUUAGGUCCUUCUUUCUUUUUGGUUUUGUUGAUUUUUUCUUCAACGAUGAAAUUAUUAAUUUAAACCUGAGAUUUUCCU